AUGCCUCUGAGAGACUCAGUCACCCUGCUGCUCUGGAGUUGCUGUGUACUAAUGCUCAUCCACCAAUGCGAGGCUCAAGCUCUAAACUGCACGUGUAAUGUGACCAAUAGUCGGUGUGACGAGAAUGUGGUGUGCAGGUGUGACCCGGGUUGGGAGGGGCAGCAGUGCGACGUCUGUGUGAGAAUGCCAGGCUGUGUCCAUGGAUCGUGUCACCAACCCUGGCAAUGCACCUGCGAGCCUGGAUGGGCAGGGCGCUUCUGCGACAAAGAUAUCCAUGUGUGUACAAAUGAGGCACCUUGUCAGAACGGUGCCACUUGUUACGCCAACGUUUCAGGGGAAUACUCCUGCCUCUGCCCCGAGGGAUUUCACGGGAGGAACUGCGAGCACAAGACAGGACCCUGUCAUAAGACCGGCAGGUCUUCAUGUAAGAAUGGCGGGCAGUGUGAGGACAGUGGCGGUUAUGCUCCAGAGCUCUCCUGCCGCUGCCUGGCAGGCUUCACCGGGCCACGUUGCGAGAACAACAUGGACGACUGCCUGAUGCGCCCUUGUGGUAACGGUGCCACCUGCCUGGAUGGCAUCAACCGCUUCUCCUGCCUCUGUCCCGAGGGCUUCACGGGCCGGUUCUGCACCGUCAACCUGGAUGACUGUGCCAGCCAACCUUGCCUUAAUGGAGGACGCUGCCUGGACCGUGCCAGCACCUUCCACUGCUUCUGCAAGCCUGGGUUCACUGGCAGGACCUGCGAGGUGCCCUUAAGGAGCCCAGAGAGCCAAGCGCCCAUCAGCAGCUCCCGUGACUGGGCUGGGGGAGGUGGGGGCUGGGGAAGGGUAACUCAGUCCAGGCCAGACCAGGACAUCACGAGGGGGGACAAUAAUAGUGGAGACAGGCUGCUGAAGAUCUCUGUGAAGGAGGUUGUGACCCAGUGGGGGUCGUCUGGCCUGUCAGAGGUGCAGCUCAUCACCCUCCUGGUGCUGGGGGGCAUGACACUUGCCGUGGUGGUGCUCACAGCUGGCCUGGUGCUGAGGGGGCAUUGGCAGGACCACUGUGCAAGCUGCCGGUGCGGCCCCACCCCCCGCCUGCACCCGCUGAAACACCGAGACCGCCAGCCGCCCCCGCAGAGCCACCUAGUCACAGUGGAGCAGGAGUGUAAGAUCAGCUUCCUGCACACGCCCACAGCCCCAGAACUGGAGAAGAAGAAACUGAACACUGAGGUGAUUUAG